AUGGGUAUCGCGCAGCCGGGGACUUCCCAGCAUCAGCCGCCACGUCAUCAUCAGCAACACCUCGCGCUCGUGCAGCACCUUGGCGGAGCUGACGUGGAGGUGGGCAUGGAUGACGUGGACGUGGCGGAGGGCGACGAGGGCGUGAUGGACGACGACGGCGACGACGACGGCGGCGAGCACGGCGGCGCGGGGUCGGGCGAGCACGACCACGACGGCGUCAUGGCCGCCGGCGACGGCGGAAUGGGCGGCGCGAUUCGCGGCGGCGGGCCGAACAUGCUGUCGCUGUCGUACCACGGCGAGGUGUACGUCUUCGACUGCGUGCCGCCCGAAAAGUUUGGGGCAACGGGCUGCGCGGAUGGGGCAGGGGGUUGCCAUGGUAGAGCGGAGGCGGACGAGAGGAGUGCAGUGCAGAGCGCAGGGGUGGUGAAGCGGUGCACGGUGAGGUGGUGCACGGUGCAGGCGGUGCUGCUGCUGCUGGGAGGCAGGGAGGUGCCGCCAUCCAUGGCGGGCAGUGUUCCCCAGCACCACUUCAAGGUGCCCCCCGCCCACUCCCCCCCUCUCCCUCCCCCUCCCCCUCCCCCUCCCCCUCCCCCUCCCCCUCCCGCUCUUCCGCCGUCCUCCUACCCGUCCUCUUUUUCACCCCUCCCACCUCCUGCCCUCGUCCUCUCCUUCCCACCUCGUUCAUGCCGCUCAUUCUCACUUCCUACAUUCCUUCUCGUUGUCCCACAGGCGUCCCUCCUUCCCUUCCCUUCCCCUCAUCUUCCUGCGUCCAUGCACGUGCGGCAGCAUGUGGGGGGGGGAGUGGGGGGCGACCUGCCGGUGCGGCUGAACCAGCCGCAGCGCCUGGCGUCUCUCAACCGCUUCCGGGAGAAGCGCAAGGAGCGCAACUUCGACAAGAAGAUCCGCUACAGCGUGCGCAAGGAGGUGGCGCAGAGGAUGUGUCGCAAGAAGGGGCAGUUCGCGUCCAACCGUGGGGGCGGUGCCUUCUUUGAGGAUGCGCCGCCCGACAUGGGGGAGAGCGCCGCCCACGACCGCCCCGAUGCCGCCCCUGAAGCCAUCUGCCAGCACUGCGGCACGGGGGAGAAGGCCACCCCCAUGAUGCGCCGCGGGCCGCAGGGGCCGCGCACCCUCUGCAACGCAUGCGGGCUCAUGUGGGCCAACAAGGGUGUGCUACGGGACCUCAGCAAGGGCCCGCCUGCCAUCCCCGUGCUCUCCCAAAUGCCAUCCGCGCCAUCAGGGGUGCAGCCUGGAGCAGCGGGGGCGGCAGGGGGCGCAGCAGGCGGUGCAAUGGCCGCGAUGCAUGGCAUGGCAGCGGGCAUGGGGGCUGGAGUGGGGGCUGGUGCAGAGGCGGAGGCAGAGGCAGGUGGGGGGGCAGGGUUGCCACAUCAAGUGCAGCAGCAGGAAGAGCAGCAGGAGCAGGUUGAGCAGGCAGCACAGCAGCAGCCGCACUUCUUGCAACAGGUUCGCACAGUGGUCAAGUCUUGUGCCACGUGUGCCACGUAUCCCACAUGUGCCUUGCACCCCACUGAACCGGCCCAACCUCUUGCCCGCCCUCGUGUGCGCCACCUUUGCUGCCACACAGACCAUCCGCUUCUCCAACUUCGCCCCUCACUGCCGCCCCUCACUGCCGCCCCUCACUGCCGCCCCUCACUGCCGCCCCUCACUGCCGCCCCUCACUGCCGCCCCUCACUGCCACCCCUCACUGCCACCCCUCACUGCCACCCCUCACUGCCGCCCCUCACUGCCACCCCUCACUGCCACCCCUCUCGUGUGUGCCUCUGCCCCUCCUCUUCCGCGCAGGGCCCUGCAAGCACGGCUGCUGUGGCAGCACACGCCACGGAAGUGGGGUUCCCCGCCCAGCCCGCCCGCCUGCCCGCUCACCGUCACCCUCUCGCGUGUGCCACUGCCCCUCCCCCCGCCCAGGGCUCUGCGAGUGCCGCUGCUGUGGCAGCAGACUCCACGGAAGUGGGGUACCCCGCCCAGCCCGCCCGCCUGCCCCCGCACCACCUGCAGCACCUGCACCACCUGGGCUUGGGCGCUCAGCACGCGGGGGAGGGGGUGGCGCAGGAGCAGCAGCAGGAGGAGCAGGAGGAGCAGGAUGGCAAGGGCCAGGAGCAGGAGCAGGCGACACAUGAGCUGCAGUUGUCUGAAAGGGAGCAGCAAGAUGGGGAUGAGGAGGGCGGGCUGGGAGGGGAGGGGCAGAUUGGGGUGAAGAGGAGGCGAGAGGAGCUAGGGGAGGGAGCGGACGACACUGAUGGGGAGGAGGGAGGGGUGGGGGGGCGCACUGGGGGCGGUGGGGUGGAGGGCGGGGCGAGAGGGGGGACCGAGAGGGGCCGUGGGGAUGGGCGGGGAGGGGCGGGAGAGUGGGUCAGGGAAGGGGAGGGGGAGGAGGGGGAGGACGCAGCGGAUAGAAGGGAAACGAGGUUGUCAGGAGAAGCAGAGGAGGAUGAGGAGGUGGAGGAGGGGCGGCAGCGGAGGGCAGGAGGCGAAGGGGUGGAGGAAGGGGAGAGAAGCGAGGGAGAGGGAAAGGUGGAUAGUCCGAGCUAA